CUUAUAAUGGAUAUGGAUGGCACUGAAGGAUACCAGCUCCCCACUCAGCAACCAGAAAAAAGAAAUUUAAUUGAGGAAAUGAAACAGCAAGAACAAGAACUACAGAAAAAAGCACCUGAGCCCAGUUUUACAAUCGUCCAAGAGCCUCCAGAAGGACACCCUGAUUUUUUGGUGGCUGAAAUUUCACUCCCUAAUAUUAAAACUGCCCAGUCUUUGACCCUGAAUGUUGGGGAAGACAGACUCAUGUUGACCACAAGAUCACAUGUUUAUUACCUUGAUAUUUUCCUGCCUUUUGAUUUGUUAUUUGAUGAAUGCGGUGCCCAGUUUGAUAGAAAUUCUAAGAUUCUCACAGUAACCAUGCCAGUAAAACCACUAGCAGAGAGAUGAUGCAUUGUGGGUCUGAUUCUGUCAAGCAUUUAUCAAGCUCAUUUUGUACAUUUUC